AUGAAAGUUCUUCGGUGUUUCGAAGGCACGAAUUACGCACGGGAUAGAAGAAAGAAUAGAAGAUAUGAAGCUGUGAUGAAUGGUUUGAUCAAGAAUUCGGAUAGAUGGACUGGUCCGACGGAAGAAGAGAAAAAUGCAGUUCAGUCGCUUCUUGUUUUUAUCUUUCAAAUUCACUAUGCACAAUGUUUGAAGGGACCGAAAACUACGAGUGUGGAAAUCACCACGUUCAAACGAGAUCAGAGAGAGUCUCAUCGUCUGAUGUCCCUCAUGAAAACUGGGAAUCUUCCCUUUCGUCACUCUCCCAAAAGUAGGAUAUAUCAUGUCGCUAACAUCACCUGUACCGACACUAAAUGGUUCUGGUUUUCCCUUGGACCCGGACCAAAUCAACGCUAUAAAUGUCCGACGCAUGACGGAGAGUAUGAUGUUUCGAUGAAUGAUACACAUUAUUUCAUGUGUCCAGCGUAUUGCGAAGUGUGCAAGAAAAAGUUCGAGUGUUCGAAGUUUAAAGCUUAUUCUGGCAUCCAGAUCAUGCCAGAUGGGCGCAAGAAGGAUCAGUUGUCCUUUCAAUACUCGACACUCAACAAGGAAGUAACUCUUGAAAUCGAAUGGUUGAUAGUGACUUGUUAUGUUCUCUUGUUCACACUUUUCACAAAUAUUGUGGUCUUUGUGUUCACAGAUUACUGA